AUGGAAGAAAAGGUAGAAUACAUACUCAAAAUUAUCACCGAGGAUGGAGACUCCUUCAGGGUUAGGGCAGAACAGUAUUACAGGAAAAGGCCCGAGCUUGUAAACUUUGUGGAAGACACUUUUCGAGGAUACCGUGCUUUAGCCGAAAGAUAUGAUCAUUUGUCAAAGGAUCUACAAAGUGCGAAUCGAACCAUUGCAAUGAUCUUUCCCGAAAGGGUUCAAAUGUCGAUUGAUGACGAGGAAUAUGAAGAUUUCACAUCAAAUUCUGAUGAAUAUGAGAACAUAGUCACUACAAAUUCACAUGUGCCAGCACCAUUGCCAUUGCCACCAAAACAAAAUCACCUUCCAAAAAUGGAAAGUGUUGUUCAAGGCAUGCUCAAGAAAAAAUCUAAAACUCCCACAAUGAUGAUGUCCAAAAAAGGACUAGUGAAAAUAGGUGUCGAUGAAAAUGCUUCUAGGGUUUCCAAAAGCUCUGGAUUGAGCAAAGAUAAAGCAGUAGACGAAAUCGAGAAGCUUCAAAAGGAAAUAUUAGGGUUUCAGACAGAAAAAGAGUUUGUAAGGAGUUCAUACGAAAGCGCAUUAUCUAAGUAUUGGGAAAUCGAAAACCAGAUUAAUGAGAUGCAUACUAAGAUUAGCAAUUUGCAACAUGAGUUUGCAGUAGGCGAGGCGAUCGAUGAUCAAGAUGCACAAGUUCUAAUGUCAUCUUCUGCAUUAAAGAUGUGCAAGGAUAACCUGGAUAAGUUAAAAUGUAAGCAAAAACGCUAUAAGGCCGAAGCAGUUGUGGAACACCAAAGGGUUGAUGAUAUUAGGAAGAAAUUUGAAGCGUUAAUCGCACAGAAUAACAAUAAUGAAGACCUGAAGAACUUGGAACAAACAAGUGAACAUGUUAAGGAUAAAAAAACAAAGAUAGAGGAGAAAAAGUUGAAAAGUUUUGAAGAAAACAGUGCAUUGGUUCAUCAAGAGCAUGCUAAUGAUCUAAAUGUGGGGAAAUCAGAAGGCAAUGAUGAAGAACAGUUUAAUAAAAAAGAAUCUAAAAAUAUCAAAGAUAAAGAAGAAAAGACUAAAGAAGAUAUUCUUGGAACAGUUGAAGUAAUCACCAUAUCUGAAGUUGCUGAUAAAACUGAACAACUUGUUGAUAAGGUGAUCACUUUGGAAACAGAUUUGUCAUCUCAAACCGCGUUGGUAAUGAGGUUGCGAUUUGAAAUCAAUGAGCUUCAUGAGAAAGUACAAAGCUUAGAACAAGAAAAUAAUAACCUUGUUGAUGAAUCAAUUAACAUGAGCAUCAAGAUCAAGAAGCUAGAAGAAGAACUACAGAGAGUUCAGAUGCUUGAUAAACAAAUCAAAGUACAAAAUGCGAAGUUGGAAACUAGUUUCGAUGAGGCAAGCAUUAGUCUUGAUAACUUGUCUAAGGAUAUUCUAAUUGCAAAACCAGAUGAACAAAAUCAAGAAGAUGAGGGGAUGGAAAUUGAAAAAACUCAAAAAGUUCCAAAAUUAGUAGAAGAAAAGCAAACAAACAUAUCCCAUAUUCUAGAAGAUAAACAUGUUGCUCCCACCGAGACCUUCGACUCCAAAAACCUAAGAAUAGAAGAAAAAGAGAAUCAAGGGAAAGAGAGUGGUGAGUUAGAGGGUUUCGUAAAGAAACCUAAUGAGAAAUUAGAUGAAGUUGAUGAAGGUGAACAUCUAGCAUUUACAGAAAGCCUGGUCAUAAGAAAAGACCAAGAUAUUUAUUGCAAUAGUGAAGAAGAUGAAACCAAGUGGAAUCUAUUAUUCUCACAUGGUAUAGAGGAUAGAGAGAAAAUGUUACUGGAAGAGUACACAUCAACAUUGAAAAACUUCAAAGAAGUAAAACAGAAGCUCAAUGAAACUGAAAAGAGGAACCGCGCAAGAAGUUUCAAAUCUGCUGUGGAGAUGAAGAUUUUGAGAAAGGCAAAUGACUCAAAAGAUGCUGAGAUAAGAUCCUUAUAUGAAAAAAUAAAACUGUUGGAAACAAACAUACAAAAUCAUGAACUUGAUGAAACAAUAAACAUUGAACUAACAACUUCAGAUAUGGUUGAUGAACCUAGAGACAUUAACCUAACAAAAACUUCGAAUGCUACUGAUGAAGGUACGUACCGAAUAGAAGAACUUGUUGAAACUACACAUUUUGAAGUACAUAAAGCUAGAGACUUGGUUGAUGGAGGAUCACAAAGAAGCAAAGAACCUGGCGAAACUUUAGACUUUGAACUAACAAAAGCUCUGAAUUAUUUUGAUGAUUUUACAGAUCAUGAACUACAGGAAACUCCAGACACUACUAAACAAAGGAGUAUCACCUAUGGUUCAGAUAAGGGUCAUGAAAUUCUAGAGAUUGAAGGGGAGAUUCGCAGAGAAAUCGAAGGUUUACGAAAAGAAAACUUAGAGUUAUGGUUAAGGUUUAGUACCUCGUAUCAUCAAAUCAAUAGGUUUCAGGAUUCAUUCCAUGAUUUAGUACAAGAGAUAACACAAAUGAAAGAAAAGAAACAUGAACAUGGUAGUAGCUAUAAACACUUACUUCAUCAUCAUCAUCAUUCAUCUAUUUCUUUCGAUAUCCGACCAUUAUAUCGACAUAUGCGCGACAUGCAAACAGAAGUAGUUUUAUGGUUGGAAAAGAGUGAAUUAUUAGAAGAUGAUCUGCAACAUAGAUUAGUAUCACUUUCUGAUAUUCAAAAUGAAUUAUCAGACUUGACUAGUGAUGUUUCGGAAUCCGAAACUACGAAUGCACCACUUAAUAAGUAUCAAGCUGCAAAGUUUCAAGGAGAAGUUCUUAACAUGAAGCAAGAGAAUGUUAAGGUUUUAAAUGAGCUUAGAGAGGCAUCUGACAGGGUAAGAAUGUUACAGUUUAAUAUAGAGAAGACUUUAUCAAGGUUGGAUGAAGAAGUAGGUCAGAAAAACAAGUCCAACACUAGCUCAAGGGUUCCUUUUAAAUCCAUACUUUUUGGGUCAAAGUUAAGGAAAAUGCAUAAGCAUUCACUCUUUACACGAAGGAGUUCUUCACUACAAAGAAAGUACAGUAAUCACCAAGAAUUACCAAAACCUAGAGAAGAUAGUUGA